AUUUUGCAGGGCUUGGCAUAGAACUUUUCUAUCCAAUCCAUUUGUUUGUGAAUGAGACUUCAUUAAGAAGGGCAAACCCAGGAUCGUGAUGGGACCUCUGCUACUUAAACUGCUUUUACAAGGUGUUCUGCUGAAUGAUGCUUUGGCAUGGUAUGUGAGUAUGCCAUUGGAAAUUCGUGGCCUCAAAGGUUCUUGUCUGGUUAUACCAUGUUCUUUCUACUACACAUCAUACCCACCCAAAGACCCACGUAGAGUUGUGUGGUAUCAGUGGGUCUCUAUAGGUUAUCCUUUAGUUUACGAUCCAUCGCAUCCAAAUUAUGUCAUUGAGAAGUUCAGAGAGAAAACUUAUUUAUAUCGUGAACCAUCAAGUUGGGAUUGCAGUCUGCUGAUCAAAAACCUUGAACUGUACCACCAUGGAGAGAAAUUAUACACAUGGAUUGACCCAGAAAAUGUUGGAUGGCGCACAUACAAAUUUUAUGACGUCACCUCUACUAUUGUUGUUGACACACAGCCACAUCAGCCCAGCAUUUAUAUUUAUGGAGGUGAAAGGACGGGUGACACUGUCACAGUAGCAUGUUCAGCUUCCCACACGUGUCCAUUCAGCAAACCAAAAAUCACUCUGAGCGGUAUAGAAGGAACUGACGAAAUCAGGGAUGAGUCUAAAGACAGUCUGUGGAAAAUCACUCUGACACGCACAGGUGUCUUAAAGGCAGAGCGCUCGACUAUUAAGUGUUCAGUAACACAUUAUGGUGACAUAACAGUGACAGCUACAGAGGACAAAAGCGCAGAAUGUGCUCAUCAUAAAAUAACGAUUGAGCCUGAACUGGCAGAUGUCACAGAGGGCAUCGCAAAGAACUUCAUUUGUAGCGUCUACCAUUCCUGCCAGAAAGAGAAUCCAACCAUCACAUGGAACUAUGAGAACAUGCAGGUCACAACGGGGAACAAAAAACUCUCUGGUUUAGAUCAGAUCAGCUAUUCCAACAUAACCUUUCUGGCUGCAAAAGAGGACAAUGAAAAGAAACUGAUUUGCACUGCAACAUUUUCUGGAGCAGACUUUAAGGCAUCUGUUGUUUUACGUGUGCAACAGUAUCAAAAACCAGCUAGUCCAAUGCAGAAUGAAACCUAUUUCCAACACGUGGCAGAUGUGAUACCCAAGAUCACUGCGUUGCCUCGUUCGUGUGUGGUAAUACCGUGCAGUUUCAAGAUGGAGGAGGAAUAUGUCACUCGACUUCGGGUUCUUUGGGUCACCAAAAAAGGUGGCUUCAUGUUCCACACCGACCCAGUUGAUGUCUUGGACAACUUCAAAGGCCGCACAAGGCUCCUCGGAAACCCGGAUGAGCAAGACUGUACUGUGGAGAUGGAUAAUGUGCAAACUCAUGACAACGGGCCGUUCUGUUUCCGAGCAGAAAGAGAAAAUGAGAGAUACAGCUUCAACAACAGCUGUGUGUUCAUUAUAAUGCGGGCAUCUCCCGACAAACCUGUGAUGUCAUCCCUCCCUGAAGACAUCGAGCCCGGGACACGAGUCGCCGUCAAAUGCUCAGUCAACCACACAUGCUCCUCUCACCCUCCCCAAAUCACCUGGAGCGUCCCAACAGCCCGAGAAACUAUCAGCCACAGUCACAUGGGUGGAGGCGUCUGGGAAACAGUGUCCGCUGUGACCUUUAUUCCUACUGGAUAUGAAGAGAAAGAUGAAAUUGUCUGCACUGCCAAAUUUUGGGGUGGUAAAACACAGGAAAAUACUGCCUUCCUCAGUAUUAGAAGAGUUCAAGGGGUUGGUUUUGGGCCUUAUGUCAUUGGAUCGUCACUUGUGUUCAUCCUAAUUUGCAUAUUUGCUGGAGUCUUCAUUUACAAGAGGCGACACAACAAACCAGGCAUCACUCUCAAUGGUAUAGAAGGAAAUGACCAAAUCAGGGACGAAUCUAUUAAAAACGGACCGUGGAAAACCACUCUAACACGCACAGGUGUCGUAAAGGCAGAGCGCUUGAAAAUUGAGUGUUCAGUAACACAUUAUGGUGGCAUAAAAGCGACAGCUACACAAGAGAAAAGUGCACAAUGUGUUCAUCAUAAAAUAACGAUUGAGCCUGAACUGGCAGAUGUCACAGUGGGCAUCGCAAAGAACUUCAUUUGUAGGGUCUACCAUUCCUGUAAGAACAAGAAUCCAACCAUCACAUGGAACUAUGAGAACAUGCAGGUCACAACGGGGAGCAAAACACUUUCAGGUUUAAAUCAGAUCAGCUAUUCCAGCAUAACCUUUCUGGGUGCAAAAGAAGAUCAUGGGAAGAAAUUGAUUUGCACUGCAAAAUUUUCUGGAGGAUACAUUUCAGCUUCUGUUGUUUUACAUGUACAACGUAUUCUGCUGUAUGAUGCUUUGGGAUGGGAAGUGAGUAUGCCGAAAGACAUUCAUGGCCUCAAAGGUUCCUGUCUGGUUAUACCAUGUUCUUUCAGCUAUAAAUCAAACCCACCCAAAAACCCACGUAGAGUUGUGUGGUAUCAGCGGGUCUCUACAGGUUAUCCUUUGGUUUACGAUGCAUGGUAUCCAAAUGAUGUCAUUGGGAAGUUCAGAGGAAAAACUGAUUUAUAUGGAAAAUCAGAUUGGGAUUGCAGUCUGCUGAUUAAAAAUCUGGAACCGUCCCACAAUGGAGAGAAAUUAUACACAAGGAUUGACCCUGAAAAUAUUGCAUGGCAAAACUAUGAAACUGAUGAUGCUACCUCUACAGUUCUUGUCGAUGCAACUCCACUGCAGCCCAGCAUCAGUAUUUAUGGAGGUGAAAGAACAGGUGAAACCGUCAUAGUAGCAUGUUCAGCUUUCCACACGUGUCCAUACAGCAAACCAAACAUCAUUCUGAACGGUAUAAAAGGAUCUGACGAAAUAAAGGAUGAGUCUGUUAAAGACGGCCUGUGGAAAAUCACUCUGACACGCACAGGUGUUGUAAAGGCAGAAAGCACGACUAUUAAGUGCUCAGUAACACAUUAUGGUGGCAUAACAGUGACAGAUACAGAGGUCAAAAUUUCAAGAUGUGUUCAUCAUAACAUAUCGAUUGAGCCUGAACUGGCAGAUGUCACAGAGGGCGUCGCACAGAACUUCACUUGUACCAUUUACCAUUCCUGCCAGAAAGAGAAUCCAGCCAUCACAUGGAACUAUGAGAACAUGCAGGUCUUAGAGUGGAACAAAAAGCAUUCCGAUUUAGAUCACUUUCAGGUUGCAUUUUCCAACAUAACCUUUCUGGGUGCAAAAGAAGACCAUGGGAAGAAACUGAUAUGCACUGCAAAAUUUUCCGGAGGAAACAUUGAAACUUAUGUUGUUUUGCAUGUACAACAAUAUCAAAAACCAGUGGAUCAAAUCCUGAAUGAAACCUAUUUCCAAUACGUGGCAGAUGUGAUACCCAAGAUCACCGCGUUGCCUCGUUCGUGUGUGGUAAUACCGUGCAGUUUCAAGAUGGAGGAGGAAUAUAUCACUCGACUUCGAGUUCUUUGGGUCACCAAAAAAGGUGGCUUCAUGUUCCACACCGACCCAGUCGAUGUCUUGGACAACUUCAAAGGCCGCACAAGACUCCUCGGAAACCCGGAUGAGCAAGACUGUACUGUGGAGAUGGAUAAUGUGCAAACUCAUGACAACGGGCCGUUCUGCUUCCGAGCAGAAAGAGAAAAUGAGAGAUACAGCUUCAACAACAGCUGUGUGUUCAUUAUCAUGAGGGCACCCAACGGACCUGUGAUGUCAUCCCUCCCUGAAGACAUCGAGCCCGGGACACGAGUCGCCGUCAAAUGCUCAGUCAACCACACAUGCUCCUCUCACCCUCCCCAAAUCACCUGGAGCGUCCCAACAGCCCGAGAAACUAUCAGCCACAGUCACAUGGGUGGAGGCGUCUGGGAAACAGUGUCCGCUGUGAUCUUUAUUCCAACUGGAUAUGAAGAGAAAGAUGAAAUUGUCUGCACCGCCAAAUUUUGGGGUGGUAAAACACAGGAAAAUACUGCCUUCCUGAGUAUUAGAAGGCUUAAUUUGGAGACUGUCGGGCUUUAUGCCAUAGCUCCCUCACUUGUGUUCAUCCUCAUUUGUGUGCUUGCUGGAGUCUUCAUAUGCAAGAGACGGCACAGACAGCCUCAUCAUGAUAUGCAAGGGUCACGUACACAAGCUGAACAGAGGAGAUCAUUUUGGAACAGAUUCUCAAGUCGUUUUAGUAUGCCUGAAGGAAGAGCGGCUUGGACCAAUAGAGGAAACCGGAGUAAUAACAGGUACACUGGAAAUUCUCCUGAAAGACCACCAAAGCCUGAACAAAGACGGAGCAUCUGGAGCCGAUUUUCUAGACACCAAUCACCCAGAACCAAUGCAAAUCUGAGAGCAGAAUACAAGGCGAACAACACAUGUACAGUGUCAGGAAACAAGCCUUUCUCCAAACCUCAUAUGCCGUCACCAAAGAGUGAGCCAAAAUCCUACCGUGGUUAUGAUUAUGAUGCUGAUUUGACCAACAUAUAUGGAAAUUGCUGAUGAAAAUGUUACAUCAUCAAGUGCUC